GGCAAAACAUUAAAGAAAAGUUAAUUGAUGAGAGGGAGAUGGGGGGUGAUUGCUGCAAUCAUAACUGUGUCUACAUUGUGUCUGAUAUUGCAGUUACCGCUGACUUUUGAGGACGUGGCCAUUUAUUUCUCAGAGCAGGAAUGGCAGCUUCUGCAGACAUGGCAGAAGAAGCUCUACAAGCAUGUCAUGAGAACCAAUUACGAGACUCUGGUCUCACUAGAUCCUUUGCAGGGCCACGGCUCCGCUCCACCCUUCUUAGGAGGAAGGGAAGACGUUUCCUUCAGCUCUCAGCAAGGCAUCAGCCUCGUGACCCCACAGAGACCUGACACCCUGGCUCCAGGCACAGCAGUCCAUGGCUCUAGCGAGUCUGUGGCAGAAGGGGGAUAUGCAAGUCACAGAGCCCUGGGCCUCCCUUCCUGGCAGGGUCUCCGGAGUCCUCACCUGGCCUGUGGAGAGGUCUGUGGGAAGGAAAACCAUUUAGGGAUGCAACCAGCAGGCCACUCCAAGGACACAGCGAAUAUUGUUGGAAAAAAACCCGCCAGCCAAGCCAACGUGGCCGGGGCCCCGUCGAGGGGGGAGCCAAGGAAUGUCUCCUUCAGCAUGUCCGCCCUGCACUGUGGGCGCGGCGUGCAGCAGCCCAAGGAUGCGCUUCCCUUCCACUGUGCCCAGUGCAAAGCGCGAUUCAGCCUGCGCAUCCAGCUGCACAUCCACCGGCGCAAGCACAGAAACCCCAGGCGCUUCCCCUGCAGCGAGUGCAGCCUCACCUUCUCCCAGCGGUUCCACCUCCAGGAGCACCUGCGCCUUCACAGCGGGGAGAGGCCCUUGCAGUGCCCGCAGUGUCCCAAGAGCUACCGUUGGAAGGGCUCCCUGCGGCUGCACCAGCUCACCCACAGCACGCAAAAGCCCUUCCAGUGCCCACAAUGCCCCAAGAGCUUCCGCCUCAAGCGCACCAUGCAGGUGCACCAGCUCACCCACAGCGCCCAAAAGCCCUUCCAGUGCCCACAAUGCCCAAAGAGGUUCCGCCUCAAGGGCACCUUGCAGGAGCACCAGCGCACCCACAGUGCCCAGAAGCCCUUCAAGUGCCUGCAGUGCCCCAAGAGCUUCCGCCGCAAGGGCACCUUGCAGGUGCACCAGCUCACCCACAGUGCCCAAAAGCCCUUCCAGUGCCCACAAUGCCCCAAGAGGUUCCGCCUCAAGGACACUCUGCGGUGUCAUGAGCGCACCCACAGUGCCCAGAAGCCCUUCCAGUGCCCACAGUGCCCCAAGACCUUCCGCCGUAAGGGCCACCUGCGAGAGCACGAGCUCACCCACAGUGCCCAAAAGUCCUUCCAGUGCCCACAAUGCCCCAAGAGCUUCCGCCUGAAGAGCAACCUGUGGCAGCACCAGCGCACCCACAGCACCCAGAAGCCCUUCCAGUGCCCGCAGUGCCCCAAGAGCUUCCGCUACAAGGGCUCCCUGCGGGAGCACCAGAACAUACACAGCGCCCAGAAGCCCUUCCAGUGUCUGCAGUGCGCCAAGAGCUUCCACCGCAAGGGCACCCUGCGGCAGCACCAGCUCACCCACAGCACCCAGAAGCCCUUCCAUUGCCCGCAGUGCCAAAAGAGCUUCCGCCGCAAGGACUCCCUGCGGGAUCACCAGCUCACACAUAGUGGCCAGAAGCCCUUCCACUGCAGCCAGUGCGGCAAGAGCUUCAUCCGGAAGACCGAACUCACCAGGCACCUGGGCCUGCACAGCAGGGAGAGGCACGUGCAGUGUUCCAUCUGUGGCAACAGCUUCCAGGCCAAGGCUGACAUGAAGACAUACCAGCUGCUGCACGGAGGGGAGAUGCCGUUCUCCUGCAAGUGCGGCAAGGGCUUCGCCAAGCGCUUCAAGCUGGUGGAACACAUCAGGACUCACAUCGGCGAGAAGCCUUUCCAGUGUAAGAAGUGCAAGAAACCUUUUCAGUGUCCCAAGUGCAACGAAGCUUUUCGCUUGAAGACACAGUUGGUCGGCCACCAGCGGGUACACACUGGGGAGAGCCCUAAGUCCAAACUCACUGCCCAUGUCAAAGUAAACACAAAACCGUGUCCUGCUCCGAGGGACCUGAAGCCUGAUCCUGAAAUUAAGAAAGGCUGAGCCUGCUAUUUACAAUGAUAGAAGCUGACUGGAUUUGAGGCAGGUGCACAGUCAACACAGCCAGUGAAUGAAUGAACGAGAUGGCCCUGGUUCCUCAGAAACGGCCCAAACCCAUGGGAAGGCAGAUGGGGAGAACGCAAGGGGCUGCUUUAAGCAAGCAUGUGACACAGAUUAGGAAUUUGGGUAAAGCUAACAGAUUUUUCUCCUUUGAAAUCACUGGCUACAUUUGCAAUCUAUUAAUAAAAGAGAGAUUUGUUCUGCC